GAUCACAGGAAAAGCAUCGACGCGCGGAUGGACUUCGACGAGAGCAAUGCACCGUGCGUGGAAAAAGCGCAGCUUCUACUGCGAGCGGUAUCGACAGCGUACGAAGACAUGUAACGUACAGAUGCGGCCUCGUUGCUGAUCCGAUCAAGGUGAACGUUGCCGAGAAGCCGAGGCGAGACGCACCACGAGGAGGAGACUGGAGGAAGAGACGAAAAGACGAGAAGAGGAAGAACAGUGGAGAAAGCGUAAAAGGAAAGAAUCGCCUGGCGAAAUAGUGGAGCAAGAGAUACUCCUCUCCGAGAAAUACGAGCGGAAGGUGCAUCACGUGCGAUCAUGACGCAACAAAGCGGCGCUGGGUCACCCCAGCAGUUCUGUCUGCGCUGGAACAAUUAUCAGACCAAUCUGACCAACGUCUUCGAUCAGCUUCUACAGAGCGAGAGCUUCGUGGACGUGACCCUGGCCUGCGACGGGCAUAGCGUCAAGGCCCACAAGAUGGUCCUGUCGGCCUGCAGCCCGUACUUCCAGGCGCUCUUCUUCGACAACCCCUGCCAGCAUCCGAUCGUUAUCAUGAAGGAUAUUAAAUGGCCGGAGCUCAAGGCCGCGGUCGAAUUCAUGUACAAGGGCGAGAUCAAUGUCUCCCAGGAGCAAAUCGGGCCCUUGCUUAAGGUCGCGGAGAGUCUCAAGAUCCGCGGCCUCGCGGACGUCAACAGCGAGCAGGAGCUGACGUCCAGGCCGACUCUGGAAGAGGUCGCGACCGCGGCGUUGCAGCGGAAAAAUAAGCGUCGUCGGAUGUCCGGCGAGCGCUCACCGUCCGGCAACAGUCCGGAACGCGUUGGCUCCGGCAGCAUCGGCCCCGACGAUCAGGAUGUCAUCGGCAGCAACAUCGUCGUGCCCGAGAUUCACAGCAUGGUGCCGUCAACUGCUAGCUCGACCCCGAGGUCCCUCGGCUCGCCCAGCACGCCCAGCAUGCCCAGCAUCUCCGUCACGCCGCAGAUCAACCUGCAGGAACUUCCGGUCUCGCUGCCCCUACCACCACCCCCGCCGCCACCGCCGCAGGGACAGCAGAGCUCGCACCCCAUGCCGACCCACCACGUGCCCGGCCACGUGACUUCCGGUCCGCACGCGCCCGUCAACCACCUGGGCGGCCACGGCCAACAGCUCAGCGUGCAGCAACAGCAACAGCAACAACAGCAACAGCAGCAACAACAACAGCAGCAGCAUCAUCAGCAGAGUGCCGGCAAUCAGUCUGGCGCCGGUGACGACCUCGAGAUCAAGCCCGGCAUCGCGGAGAUGAUUCGGGAGGAGGAAAGGGUGAGUCGAGUUCUUUAUUUAUCUAUGAUCCCCCUUUCUAUAUUUUGUAAUGCGAGAGAAAAAGUUCGUUAUUUGAAAAAUAAUACGUCAGAUCUCGGUAAUGCAAGUAAUAGAGCAGCUUCUUCGCGAAAAUUAUCAGGAGAAUAA